CUAUGUAUUAUUGAAUCUUUUGAAAUUAGAGUGUUUUGGCUGCUUAAUUUGAAUGAUUUAUGCUUUAUGUUCAAGAACAUGUGGAAAAUUUUGGAUUCUUUCUUAGGAUUUGGCCUGUCGUGUUUUAUGCUGUUUAGAUAUAUUAAUUCGUUAUAUUUGCACAAGAAAGUUGGUAUUUUGGUCAAUUCUGUCGUAAUUUUUAUAGGAUUGUAGAGGAAUCGGGGUAGGGUUUCUUGGUAAGGGAGCAGAUUUCAUCCGAGGAGUCGGAUAUUUGGUGGAAAAAAAGAUCCCAUCUUCCGUUCUUUGGAGACAUUUGAGAUCUUGUGGUGCUUGGGUAUUAUAGGAUUUCUUGAAGGUUGGUGUGAGGUGGACUCUUUAGGGUUAUGAGCCAUUCAGUUAAGUUGCCUAUUGUUGUGAUCUGGAGCUUGAUACCAAGAAGCAGCAGAUUAGUUAUGAUUUUUUAGCUUGCAAAUCGCUCCUGUUUUAAUUGCUUGGAUUUAUUUUUUUUGGGAGAUUUAGUUUUCUGGAACCUCGUGGGUGUUGGUUGGAUUUAGGAUUCUGAAGGCUUGGUACAUGAUUGGGGCUUGUCAAGAAAUUUGUUGAAUGCUUUCUCGUGGAAAGAUUGGAUCAAAUCAUAGUUUUUGUUAGCAAAGGGUGGUGCAUUCAUGUUUUGGGAAGGAAGAUGGCGGCCAGUGCUGAAUUUUCUCCUCCUUUUACAAUGUUAGAAGGCAGGUAUAGAGGCAAGGAGAAUGGAUCUUCUGCAGCUGGUGAAGAUCCUGAGACUCCGGAGGGCAUGAAGGAGACGAAAGCUGGGAAACCACCUCAACAUCUUUCGGUUAUCCGGCAUUGUGUGAGCACCACCCGCCUAGCUGAUUCCACUGACUUAGAUUUGGUGGAGAGGCUGGGCUCAACAUCUCCACCACAAGGGCAGUCUGGGUUCUUGCCUGUGUUUCGGUCUGGAAGCUGCUCUGAGAUGGGGCCGAAACCAUUCAUGGAGGAUGAGCACAUCUGUAUAGAUAAUUUAGUUGAACAUCUUGGAGCCCUUCCAGAUUUUCCAUCACUGGGUGCUUUUUAUGGGGUAUUUGAUGGCCAUGGUGGUACAGAUGCAGCAUUGUUCGUUCGAAAGAACCUGCUCAAAUUUAUAAUUGAGGACAGCCAUUUCCCCACUAGUGUGGAAAAGGCAGUAAAAAGUGCGUUCAUGAAAGUUGAUCAUGCAUUUGCUGAUUCCUGUUCUCUUGAUCGCUCAUCUGGAACCACAGCUUUGACAGCCCUUAUUUUUGGAAGGACUAUGCUUAUCGCAAAUGCAGGCGACUGUCGAGCUGUGUUAGGGAAGCGUGGGCGAGCAAUUGAACUUUCCAGGGACCAUAAACCCAACUGCAACAGCGAGAGGCUUAGAAUCGAGAGACUUGGAGGCAUGGUCUAUGAUGGGUAUUUGAAUGGCCAGUUAUCUGUAGCGAGGGCUCUUGGUGAUUGGCACAUGAAGGGGUCAAAAGGUUCUGCCUGCCCCUUGAGCGCUGAACCGGAGCUGCAGGAAACAACCCUCACCGAGGAAGAUGAGUUCCUAAUAAUGGGCUGUGAUGGUAUUUGGGAUGUGAUGAGCAGUCAGUGUGCAGUCACGAUGGUGAGGAAAGAGCUCAUGAUCCACAAUGAUCCUGAGAGGUGUUCAAGAGAGCUAGUUCGGGAAGCACUCAAGCGCAACACCUGCGACAAUCUUACCGUGGUGGUUGUUUGCUUUUCAACUGACCCACCCCCUUGCAUCGAGAUAACCAAAUCACGAGUACGGAGAAGCAUAUCAUUAGGGGGACUGCAUCUCCUCAAAGGGGCUUUGGAUAGCAAUUGAUGUCGGAUUCAUUGUUUUGAGAUCUGGAGCCUGCAAACAAGUGGGGGUCUUCCAAAAUUUUGGCCUCCUUUUGGAGAAUAAAUCGUGAGAAGCGAAUUUUUUCUGAGGUGUAGAUUAAUCUUGUGUAUUUGAGAUUAAACUAUUUGGUACCCAGUGGGAAGCAUUUGAUAGCUUCUUUUGUAUCUCAAUUGAGUGCUUCCAUAAUAUCCCAUAAAAUCUUGCAGCUUGAUCGA